UCCAAAUCACAAAAGACGUGUCUAUAUUAUGUGCCUAUCAUGCCUCAUCUUUUCUGGAAAUUUCGUUCGUGAUGCGCAAGACACCGAAAAAUGACAUUUGUGAAACCUGAGAGCAACUUUCAUUGAGAGAAAACAGUGUCCGGGUGACUCGGGCUGACAAAAUGCCGAUGACAGAUCUGUUGAAAGCCGAGGAGAUCAAGAAAGCUCUUGACGCCUUCGCAGCAGAAACAUUCGAUCCCAAAAAGUUCUUUGAAAUGGUGGGAAUGAGGGCCAUGUCGGCCGAAAACGUCAAGAAGGUCUUCCAGGUUCUGGAUGUGGACGGUAGCGGAUUCAUAGAGGAGGAGGAGCUCAAGUAUGUACUGAAGGGCUUUUCCAAGGAGGGCAGAGAUCUGACUGACGCCGAGACAAAAGCAUUCCUCAAAGCAGCGGACAAAGAUGGAGACGGCAAGAUCGGCAUUGACGAGUUUGAGGCCAUGGUGCAUGAGUAG